CAAUACUAGGCCGCUUCCCCAGAUCGUGCAAUUGUACAGCUUCUUCACCUCAGUUCUCUCUGUCUCCUUCGUGUGUUGAACUGCGGUCGCAGUGCCAACUGAUCGUCCAGAAUGUCAUUGUCAACACCAUCACGAGAGAUGCUGCUCCUGUCCCGGCAACUGGGCCGCCAGUGCACGCACUCACGGCCGCUGCGGGCCAGCCGUCCCGUCCUCCCUAGCUCCGCGACGGCGAGACGAACGGUUGCCACCUUCAACACGCCGCACCAAGCGGGCGCUAUAUCUGUCAUCAAGAGCAAUGUCGACACAAGCUCAGAUGAAUUCAAGGAAAACGAGCGCCUCAUGGGCGAGGCCAUGGCCCGACUGGACGAGCUGACGCGGAAAGUGCAGCAGGGCGGCCCGGCAAAGGCGAGGGAAAAGCACCUGGCCCGCAAGAAGAUGUUGCCCCGGGAUCGCGUUACGGCCCUCAUUGACCCCGGAACCACGUUCCUUGAGCUGUCGCCGCUGGCCGGCCACGAGCUGUACCCCGAGGCCGAGGUGCCUGCGGGCGGCGUCAUCGCCGGUGUUGGUGUUGUCGAGGGCGUCACCUGCAUGAUCGUCGCAAACGACAGCACAGUCAAGGGCGGGACGUACUACCCCAUCACCGUCAAGAAGCACCUCCGGGCGCAGGCUGUCGCCCAGGAGAAUAAACUGCCUUGUAUCUACCUGGUCGACUCUGGUGGCGCGAAUCUGCCACACCAGGCAGAUGUCUUUCCCGAUCGCGAACACUUUGGCCGCAUCUUCUUCAACCAGGCGCGCAUGUCGGCCGCUGGGAUACCCCAAAUCGCAGUCGUCAUGGGCCCCUGCACAGCCGGCGGCGCAUACGUCCCCGCCAUGAGCGACGAGAGCAUCAUCGUGCAAGAUCAGGGCCACAUCUUUCUUGCCGGCCCGCCGCUCGUCAAGGCAGCAACUGGCGAGGUUGUCAGCCCGGAGGAGCUCGGCGGCGGCAGAAUGCAUUCUUCGGUCUCCGGCGUGACCGACUACCUCGCCGUUGACGACGCGCAUGCUAUUGUGCUGGCGCGCCGCUCUAUCAGCAACCUGAAUUGGCCAAACCAGUCCACCUCGGCGACGGCCAGCUUUUCGGAGCCUCUCUACGACCCCUCCGAGCUCCUCGGUAUCGCCUCCACUAACCUUCGUAAACCACUACCCAUCCACGAGGUGAUUGCCCGCGUCGUCGACGGCUCUGCCUUUGCCGAGUUUAAGCGCGACUACGGCACCACGCUCGUGACGGGGUUCGCGAGCAUCUACGGCCACCGCGUAGGCAUCGUCGCCAACAACGGCAUCCUCAUCAGCAGCUCGGCGCUCAAGGGGGCGCACUUCAUCGAGCUGUGCGCCCAGCGUGGCAUCCCGCUCGUGUUUCUGCAGAACAUUAGCGGCUUCAUGGUGGGCAAGGACGCCGAGCGCGAGGGCAUUGCCAAGAACGGCGCAAAGCUGGUCACGGCCGUGGCGUGCGCCGACGUGCCCAAGUUUACCGUCGUCGUGGGCGGCAGCUAUGGCGCGGGGAACUACGGCAUGUGCGGGCGGGCGUAUUCGCCGCGGUUCCUGUGGAUGUGGCCGAACGCGAGAAUCGGUGUCAUGGGCGGCGAGCAGCUGGCGAGCGUCAUGGAGACGGUCGGGCAAAAGGUCGACACGGGCUUGAAGGAGAGGAUUGAGAAGGAGAGCGACUGUGUUUUCUCGUCGGCGCGGUUGUGGGACGAUGGCGUUAUCCCACCGGCGCACACACGGCAGUAUCUGGGUCUGGGCUUGAACGCGGCCAUGGGCGGCCGAAAUGUGGUUGCCCCAGGACAGACCAAGUUUGGCGUUUUCAGGAUGUAA